AUGGUGAGAACUUUUAGAUUCCGUCGAUGCGCGAUCACAUCGUAUCGCGUCGGUCAGCCGCCACCCGCGCUCGACCUUUCGUUCACAAUCUCUUUGAUUGACGAGAACGAGGCCAGCGAGCAAUCGGUGAGGCGUGUGGGCGUCUUUUUGAACCCUGUACGGAAAAAAAGGAACGUGGUUGUCAAGGGCAGCGGAAAAAGGGAACGUGGGUCACCAGGCACAGCGGAAAAAAGAAACGUGGCGGUCGAUAGCUCAGCAGCUUAA